AUGCCACAGUUGGGUGGAGGAGUGAAGUGUGCGGCGUGUAAUAAAACUGUUUAUCAUGCUGAAGAAAUUCAGUGUAACAGCCGGAGCUUCCACAAACCCUGUUUCAUCUGCAUGGCGUGUCGUAAAGCGUUGGACAGCACGACCGUCGCAGCGCAUGAAUCUGAGAUCUACUGCAAAUCCUGUUAUGGUAAGAAAUACGGUCCUAAAGGAUACGGGUAUGGACAAGGAGCCGGGGCUCUGAGUUCAGAUCCGGUUAAGCAUCACCAUCAACCUGAAGUGCCUAAACCCUCUCAAUCCUCAACAACAAACUCCAGCAGCUCUGGGAAAUGUGUGCAGAAGUUUGGUGGAUCUGAUCGAUGCCCACGCUGCUCCAAGGCUGUGUACGCAGCUGAGAAAGUUAUGGGAGCAGGGAAGCCGUGGCAUAAAAGCUGCUUCCGCUGUUUGCUGUGUGGAAAAAGUCUGGAGUCGACUACAGUAACGGAUAAAGAUGGAGAGCUUUACUGUAAAGUUUGCUAUGCAAAAAACUUCGGCCCCAAGGGGUUUGGCCUGGGUAACCCAGCUGUAGGUGCUGAGGGUGAAUAUCAGCAGUGA